AUGACAAGUGGUACAAAUUCAGCCAUGACAAGUGCUACAAAUUCAGCCAUGACAAGUGCUACAAAUUCAGCCAUGACAAGUGCUACAAAUUCAGCCAUCACAAAUGCUAUAAAUUCAGCCAUGACUAGUGCUACAAAUUCAGCCAUGACAAGUGCUACAAAUUCAGCCAUCACAAAUGCUACAAAUUCAGCCAUGACAAGUGCUACAAAUUCAGCAGUGACAAAUGCUACAAAUUCAGCCAUGACAAGUGCUACAAAUUCAGCCAUGACAAGUGCUACAAAUUCAGCCGUGACAAGUUCUACAAAUUCAGCCAUGCCAUGCCUCCAGUCAACCACUUCUCAAGCAACAUGUUAUUAG